CCGUCUGAAGAGGGCGGAGUUAAGAUCAAUAAUCGCCACCUCAUUCCUGUCAACUCUUUGAAAAAGAAAACAAAACCCACUGUCCAACCUGAAGGCGUGUGUGAGAAAACUAUCGUUUUCAGGAGGAGACGAGGGGGUGGGGGGGAAGAAAAAAUCAGGACGCUUGAUGUGCGCAGCGGCUCCAAGCUCGUGGAAGAAAUGACACGGCGAUGUUGAUGAGGAGGAGGUGCGACCUGGAGCUGGUCUUUAAUCGCUUCGCCUGAUUUUUUUUUUUUUUUUUUUUCCUUUACUACGGAGCCCCGGCUGAGUCUGGGAUCUGGGGAAAUGCACCAGUUCUAUGAGUAGACGGGGAGAUCUAGAUGAAUCCUGAACGGAAGGGAUAACCCGACUGUGAAAGUAAACUCAUUCAGAGGAGCACCGAGUGGCUGCUUCAUCCGUGCCGCCUUACGUAACUCAGCUUUGUGGAGAGGCUACUGCUGCUGGCGCCGACCUGUUUCAAAGCGACGGAUCAUAGAGUAAGAGAGAAGAACAGACUAAAUAGUUUGUCUGAUUCAUCACCAUGGCCGUUGAAGACGCUGCCUGAUCCGAGUGAUAUGAACGAGGGCCACAGACAGGAAGGAGGAGCAAUCACUGUGGAGGCUGAUGCCAUCAUCCACACCAUGAACCCUGAUCUUGUCACACUCGCUGACAAAAAUAGGAAUGUAUGUCCAGGUUUCGUCCAGGGGCUCUUGCAGGAUGACCCAGACUUCAGUGCUCCUCCGGUGUUUGAGCAGGAGUACCUGCUCGAUGGAAGACCAAUAGAGAAUAACCACUGUGAUCAUGCAAAAGGAAGCAGCUCCUACAUCCCUAAAGUCAAUCAGCUUUCUACAGAUAUGGGAAAGCCAAAUAACUCUCCUCAUGCUGACUCUGCUGAGUCCAAUCACAUUGCUGGCCUGCACCAAAAUAGCACAAGUAAUGAAGUCCGCAAUGGAGCAAGAGCAAAAGUGUCUUUUAGCGUAGAUUCCCCUGGGAGUCAAACCAAACAGAAAAUCGAUUGGUCAGUUCUAAAACCAAAAGACUGCAGUGAUGGCAGUCUUGAAGCUGACGGCACACAGCCUAAAAAAGAACCUGAUUUAGUCAUUGAAGUUGGUGGACAGACUAUCAAUGCUCACAAGUCCGUCCUUGCGGAGAAGAGUGACUACUUCAAAGCACGUCUGUCGCGGAACAUUUUGAAAGUGAAGGGCAUGAGUUAUAAGACUCUGUCUACACUGAUUGACUAUAUUUACACCUCCCAGAUCAGUGUUAGUAAGGACAACGUGGUUGACGUCAUCACAGGAGCUAAAAUCCUGCAGAUCCCCUGUGCCGUUCAGGCUGCCAUGGACUCCAUGUCUGAGCAGAUCACACCGGAGAAUUGCUAUGAGAUUUUGACCAUUGCCAAGAAACAGCGACUUAGUGAACUGAAAGAGACUGCGUAUAGAUUCAUGAGUGACAACUUCCUUCAGAUCCUCAAAGAUCCUGCAGUCUACGGACGCCUUACUGGGUCUGAGAGGGAUCUGGUCUUGAAGAAGCGAAUGGAGGGGAGAAAGACCUUAAUGGUUGCAGAGGUAAAUGACGUGUUUGAUCGAGUUGGUAGCCGACCACCAAGCCGCUGUGGCAGCCGACCACAGAGCCCCUUGUCUGUUGGGUCUUCAGAAGAGAGUCAUAUGAUUUACUGUUUUAGUGAAGCUGAAAAUGACUGGCGACCUUUGACUGUGAUGCCAGAAGACGUAAACAUUAAAGGCUGUGGUAUUUGCACCAUGCACAAUUACCUGUUUGUUGCAGGUGGGAUAAGUGGCUAUGGCGACAAGGGCAGAGUUUCAGAUAAGGUCUUUUGCUACAACCCAAUAACCAAUCGCUGGGCUGAGAUUAGACCCUUGAAUCAGGCACGUGCACAACUAAAGCUUGUAUCUAUGGAUGGCAGCCUGUAUGCCAUUGGAGGGGAAUGUUUGUUCACAGUAGAGAAAUAUGACCCUCGAAUGGACCGCUGGACGAUGAUUGCUCCCCUACCCAAGGGAGCCUUUGCAGUGGCCCAUGAAGCCACCACUUGCAGCGGAGAGCUAUACGUUUCGGGCGGCUCCCUUUUCUACCGCCUGCUCAAAUAUGAUCCAAAGAGGGAUGAGUGGCAGGAGUGCCCCUACAACAACAGCAGGAAGAAAUCUAGCGACAUGGUGGCACUAAAAAGCUUCAUCUACCGCUUCGACGUGAACCGAGAGCAGGGGAUCAACGUCUUCAAGUACAACACUAUUGUGAAAAUGUGGCACGACUGUGCAUCGCAAAGGCCGGGCAGUCAUUUACCAUUCAGGUGUGCCGUUAUAGGGAACUGCAUCUACUGUGUGAACAAAAGCCAGACUCUGCAGUUUGUGGUGGAGGAGGAGAACGCCUACUUUGUCGAGGAGGCACUGAAGGCACCUCUGGAGGCGAAGGGUGUCCUUUUUCCUUUUGUCCUCAGUUUGCCUGAAAAGCCUGAAAAAGUCACAUAAUAUGUGAGUGCACAUGUUCAUGAUGGGAGGGAGAUCCAGAAUAUCACAUUUAUCAUGGUUUAGUGAAAACUGCAAUAAGUAGAAGACCUUCCAUACUCUCUUCAAUGUCAGCUUUAUAUCUUGGUGUCUCAUUGCCUGCUUGCAAUGGAAUGUGCGUAUUUGCAUGGUGGUUUAUUGCAUUUUCAAGGUCAAGCCUUAAAAGGAAAUUUUCUUUUUUUUUAUGUUUAAUAAAUGCAACAGUAUUUGUGUCUGUACAAAAUGACAUGAUGAAAGUUAUUAUUAUUAUUAUUACUUAUAUGUUCACAUUUGUUUGGUGCACUUUUGUAUUUAGAGUAGCCGUUAUAUAGAAUAUAUAUCUGAUAUGUUAAGGUGACAAAUGAUCAGUGUUCAACAGAAAGCUGUUUUAAAAUGGCGAAGGUGUGCUUUAUGAAUGAUGCGAAAGCAGGCUCUAUGCAAAUGAGUUGCAAAUUACAGGUGGAUCUCUUGAAAGUGAUCUUUGAUGGUGAAAUGUGACUGAGGGAAGUCAUAUAUUUCUCAAAAACAGAUUUUAAGCAAACACUUAACUCGCCAUGAAUGAAUAAUUUCGUAGUCAAAGCACAGUAAAAUAGAUGUGACUUAUUUUUACAGUCAGAACUCAAUAUUUUUGCUUAUAGUGAACUCGAGUGGGUGAACAGAAUUAAAAACUGAGAGUAUCUUGAAUCUUCUGUGACUUACAAAAGCCAUAGCCCCUUUUUUUGAAAGAGUCUGAGUCUUACAAACUCGGCUCCAUAUUUUCUUCCCUGUAGAGGCUUUUCCUGGCUGCUUUCUCAUUGCUGGUACAGGCCUUUCGGUUCAAAGGUACACCAAUAUCCUAGGGCUACUGAACAGUCAAUCCAUUGCCUUCACUGGUUACACAUACAAAAAUACCUUUGUGUUUUGAUGCUGAUAAGUCAUGCUCUUUUGUCUGUGCACAUUAGCACAAGUUCUUCUCUGAAUUUCUUUCAUAAUUUAGGUUGUCUCCAGUAUUUCAUUGCUGCUUCAAUAACACUGAGUGUUUUUUGUUUGUUUGUUUGUUUGUUUUUUAUGAAAGCUAAUGCUGGUAUAUUACUGGAAUAGAUUGGUUUGUGAUUGUAAAGGUAACAAAAUGAUGUGGUUUUGUUAUUUUCCUAGCUGAGUUCUGUAUUGUUUGAGCUCCUUGUAUGAAUUGGCAGGAUUGGAUCUACUGUGAUGGACUGGAAAAUAGCUUCCUGUUUUGUGGCAUUUGAAGUGGGCUAUCAAAUGAGCUUUUGGAUAGUGUCUAUCAGUGAAAACAAAGUGCUUCAAAUAAAAUAUUUUAUUCUGAAA